AUGGUGCAGCGAGCCAUGCGGGGCCGCGGCGCCGAGGGGCGGCGGGAGCGCGGCGGCGCCCCGGCGGCUGCCCGGCCGGCCGAGCCCGCCUGGUGCAAGACGCCCAGCGGGCACAUCAAGCGGCCCAUGAACGCCUUCAUGGUGUGGUCGCAGCACGAGCGCCGCAAGAUCAUGGACCAGUGGCCCGACAUGCACAACGCCGAGAUCUCCAAGCGCCUGGGCCGCCGCUGGCAGCUGCUGCACGACUCCGAGAAGAUCCCCUUCGUCAAGGAGGCCGAGCGCCUGCGCCUCAAGCACAUGGCCGACUACCCCGACUACAAGUACCGGCCCCGGAAAAAGGGCAAGGGGGGCCCCGGCGCGCCCCGGCCCCGGCUCCCGGCGAAGAUCAAGCCCUCGGUGCUGGGCCGCGCGCCGGCCGGCCGCGGGCAGCCUGCCGAGGCGGCGGGCGUGCGGGAAGCGCCGGCCGAGGACGGCGCCGGGGCGGCCGGCCGGCACGAGGCGCCGCACCCCGCCGAGCCGCCCGGCCCUGCCACCGCCGCUGCCUUCCCCGCGCCCCCCGCGAGCGGGUCGCCCUCUCCCGCCUCGGCCCCUGCUUCCUCCGACGAGGAGCUGGAGGAGGAGGCGGCGGCGGGCGGGGGGGCCGGGUCGGCGGGCGGCUGGGCCGGGGCCCCGGACUGGUCCGUCUUCGACCGGGACCUGGAGCCGGCGCCCCGGGGCGGCCCCUCGCACUUCGACUUCCCGGACUAUUGCACGCCCGAGGUGACGGAGAUGAUCGCGGGCGACUGGCUCAUGUCCAGCAUCUCCGACUUGGUCUUUACGUACUGAGUCCCGCGCUCUGCAGGUAACGCCCCCCUCGCCCCCCAAUCAGGUUUUAUUGAAAGGAAGAAAAAAAAAUCAGAAAAAAGAAACCCAGCUGUUUACACGCAAGAAUCAGGUAUUUUGCCUUGAGGCUGCUGGAAGGCAGAGCGCCCGGCUCGCCCCAUGCCCAUCGGCACGCGCCCACCGCCCCGGCUGUCCGGCCGGCUGUCUGUCCGGCUGGCCGGGGCCGCGCAGGGGGUGUCCGUGCGAGGGCCCCUUCCCCCAGCGCUCCCGCGCCGCGGCGGCUGCCGGCCACGGCUGCUCCAGACACUCCCCUUCCCCAGCUCGCUCCGGCCCCAUUUUAUUUCAUCCUGCUGCUCCCGUGCUCGCAGUGACACCCGCCCCGCCGCCCGGGGUUUCCAUGCCCCAUCCGCCCCCCCCACCUCCCCCUUUGCACCUCUGUAAAGGCAAUUAUUUUUGCUUUUCUUUUUUGCUUUUCCUUUUCCUUUCUUUUUUUUUCUUUGCCUGCAUUUACAAGCGUAUCUUCAAUUUUCUCCUGCCCCUUCGAGCAGCCCUUGGGGGAGCUCGGAGGCGGGAUGCGCCGUGCGGGGACGUCGGAGUGCGUGCAGAGCCCCUGGUCCGGGCUCGGCGGCUCCGGCGGCGGCUCCUUCCCGGUGCUUUUGCCGAGGUGCCUGUGCCCGCUCGCUGCAACUCGCUUUGGGGAAGAGCGAAGUUGCCCGCACGUGGUUUGCACGUGGCUCCGGGAGGCUGGGCUACGCUGGGAGCCCGGGCGGGAGGGCGCCGGCGCCGCUGCCCGCGGGAACCCGCGCGAAGCGGGCGCCGCGGCGGGGCCGAGGGCGCGCAGCUCCUCCGGCUGGCUCUUCCCUUUGCUGUUUUCCUCCCGGCGCCUUCCCGCCGCCGUGGCUGCCGGCCUGGGAAAGCCGCAGGGUCGCUGGGGCCCGAGGCCGCGGUGAGGGGCUGGCGCCGCCGGAGGGGGUGAUGGCGGCGUGUACCACACGCGGCCCCCCUGCACCACCCGGGCUGAGCGUCGCCUCGGGAGCAGCAUCGCGCCCGGAGGGGCCGGAUUGGAGCCGGCAUGGGGGGGGCUCCGCCGCCCCGGCCGCGAGCUUCCCGCCGGAGUGCCGGCGGGGGAUGUCGCGUGACGCGCGGUGACCCGGCUCUGGAGACCCCCGGCGCCCGCCCCGUCCUGCCGGCGCUAGCCAUAGACCCACUGACGCUAAUAAACGAGUAAAACCAGAAGAAUAAAACCCGAAACCUCUCUCAGGAAGAAGCUGCCGGGGCCGCGGCGGGCAGCGCCGGUGCAGCCCGCCGGCGCGCUGCGGCACCGUGCGCGGUGUCGUGGGAGGGACGGCGUGCCCACGGCUGCUGGCGCGGCGAAGGGGCUUGUAGCGGGGGGGCGUGCGCGGAGCGGCCCCAGCCAGCGCGCAGAACCGCGGCUAAUGGUUGUCCCGACUGUUGUAGCUAUGGAAUAAAGUGUGUUGGUCUGCC